AACAAUGAAGAUCCGUAAAGACGACCUCAAUAAAACCCAUAUUGCCAAACAUCUCGGAACUCACUUGAAUGAGUUAACCAGGGGUAGAUCAAUGACAAGACACAGACGUCACGCCUGGUACCAAUGCAACCUGAACGAGAACGAUUCACGAUUGCUCCGUACCGGCAUCGUGUCGUUUAGUGGACAAUUCGAUGAUCUGUGGUAGAAGGCUGGGUGAGUUGUCUUACAAAUCGGCGCCCGUGCAUCUUUAGACUAGUCGAAGUAUAAAGCGAGGCGGUGGUAGAAGUGGAAGCCAUUCGAACUCAAACAGUGCGCCAGUGAAGUGGUGAAUACUUGACGUCAAAUAAGUGACAUAAGGAGUGCAAAAUAAUAGAUCAUGCGGUGGACGAAUUUCACAUUCAUACUACUAUCAUUAUUGAUAGGGGGCUCAUUAGCGGAAUGGUCUUGGGGUGGUGAUAAAAAAGACUCAACAGCAGAUGUGGCAGAUGCAAAAACAGAAUUAUUAGAAGGUGAAAUUGUCUCCGAAGCGCAAGAAAAGAGUUUGGAGUCGAAUGCAACUGUACUCGAUGAUAUUGUCGAUGAAUUAGUUAGCCGCAAACAGGGUAGAAGUUUGGGUGGUUUCGACAACUUCGACGAUGUAUACGGCGAUCCCACGAUCAAGGAAGCCUUGGACGCAGGUGAUGACGCUGAAGCUAGAAAUCUCAUCAAAGGGCGCCUUUGUAGUUUGGGACUUGUACAAUGUGACGACGAAGAAACUCAAGAAAAACGUACAUACGUUUCUCCCGAUGAACUCAUUUACGCGCAACCCGUUGAUAUCAAGCCAAUUGGAAAGCCAGUUGCUUCGAUUCCGAUUCGAGGGCCCCCUAGGGCAUACGGUCCACCUAAACCCAUGUUGUAUCCUCCUAGGCCUCAAAAAACUCCACCAAAAAGAAUCGGAUAUGGGGGCAACGUAAGACCCGGUUUUUCUGAAAAAUACGGAGUCUCAAACAGCAACUUCCAAUUCUCGCAGAGCGGAUCUUACGGCGGAAGUGAUGUAAACUACGUAACUAGACCUCCGAGCUAUGCAAAUGAAGCACCUUAUGUGUUCGAAAACAAACCUGGAUAUAGCAAGAAUCCGUCAUCAUUGCACUCGGCUACGAAAACAGAAUCAGUUGUUCAACAACACGUCCACCAUCACUAUGUACACAGUGACGCUGAAAAAGACCCUAAAGUUAUAAUUAAGCCUGUCGCCAUCCCAGUAGGGUCGGUAGGUCACUUAGCUUCCCAAAGUCAACUUAACCAGCACUCAGAAAUCAUAACUGCAGCGGGAGGAGAUUUUAGCUCAUCGGGUGGUUUUAAACCUAUGUCUGGUGGUUUCAUCGAUAGCAAACCAAUUUACGAAAUGGACACAAUCUACGGCGGGCAAUAUGGGUAUAACAAUGUCAACAAAGGCAGUUCAAAUAUUGUGACACAGGGUUUACCGAAUCAGUACCCAAAUCAAGCUUUUGAAGAUCAAAAGUACGGUAAUUCAUUAGGAAAUUAUGCCUCACACAGUUCCGACUUUUAUAAAAAAGAGUUACAUGUAGGAUCUGGUAACAACAUAUACAGUCAAGGUCCAGCAACUUUUGGACAAAGUAACGCAUUUCAAGAAAAUUACCAUGAAGCCAAAGCACAGGGAUUUGAAUGUGUAUGUGUUAACUACGACCAAUGCCCGAGCCAAGAAAUAAUUGGACGCCGGGACGAUUUAUAUCUACCAAUUGAUCCUCGAAAUAAAGGCAGCGAAAUUGUAGCUCUCACCGAAGAACAGCUUGAUAACAUAACUAAUAUCGAAAUCACUCAGAUGGCAAACACUGAAAACUCUACAAAUGAUGACGUGAAGAAAAUAAGUAAAAGAGAUGUCAAAGAAGAUAAGCCUCAGGAACAAGCUAAAGAAAUUGAACCGCGCCUAUUUGGAUCAGCCGGCUUCGGUGAUAACGGCGUCAAUACCAACAAAAAAGUGCAGCCCACGUUUGGUGUAUCUUUUGGGUUGCCCCAGCCUUCCCAUGGUUAUCCUAUAAAUCCUUACGGUCACAGUCCUAUACACAACCCUUACGGACCUGCAAUCAAUAGCGGCGGCAUAAACUUAGGUUUGCUUUCCGUAAACCCAUUGUUAGCCAUUGAGGUAACUAAAAAUGAUUACGGUGAAAAAAUAGUUAAGCCUCUAGUAAACUUGCACAUAACACCUAACGAACAUGUGGUCAAUAGGAUUGGAGACCUCUUCCAUGAAAAGAAACACUACCUUUUGAAUAAACAUGAACAUUACCACCACCACCAACCAUACCAUAAUUCGUAUGGUUACUACCACCAUUCUCAUCCUCCACUUGUACCGACAAAUCAUGGUCCUCCUAUUUAUUCACCGCAUUAUACACACUAUCAAAACAAAUAUCCUGGGUAUUUUAAAUCACGUCCACAAUUAUAUGAAUCCACCGCUUCAAACGAAGAUGAUGACUAUUAUAGCGACGAUACAGAUGAACAUUAUAAUAACGAAUAUGAUAUACACAAUCCUGUCCAUAAUAACUACGGUUUUGAAAGAUCACUAAAUGUUAGCACGAACGAUAAUGGUCAAAAAUAUGCAAAUCGUUACGCUUAUUCCCGUUCCCUCACUGUUCCACAAAAACCUAAUGGGGCCAACCCGACAGGCCAAACCUUUAGAUUUCCUGAAAACAGAAAGAAGCGAGAAAUCAAUCAAUCAGAAAAUUUUGAUCAAUCUAGUCAAAGAAUACAAGAGCGUCAAGGAUAUGCAAACCGUCCAUUAGUGCAACAAUGCCGACCAAAUCAGGUGUGCUGCCGUCGACCAUUAAGACCUCAAGCAAGUAACCGUGGACAGUGUGGAGUUAGACAUUCACAGGGCAUAAACGGAAGAAUCAAAACACCUGCCUACGUUGAUGGAGAAAGUGAAUUUGGCGAAUACCCCUGGCAAGCAGCUAUUCUAAAGAAAGACCCCAAAGAGUCAGUUUACGCCUGUGGUGGAACGCUCAUUGAUGGCCUCCACAUUAUGACUGCUGCCCAUUGUAUUAAAUCAUAUAAGAGUUUCGAGCUGCGUGUGCGAUUAGGUGAAUGGGAUGUCAAUCGCGAUGUGGAAUUCUACCCCUAUAUUGAAAGAGAUGUAUUAUCAGUUCAUAUCCACCCAUUAUAUUAUGCUGGUACUCUUGAUAACGACCUGGCAAUCCUGAAACUGGAUCAUCCAGUUGAAUGGACCAAUUAUCCUCACAUUAGCCCAGCUUGUCUUCCCGAUAAAUACACUGAUUACUCGGGACAGCGAUGCUGGACUACCGGAUGGGGAAAAGAUGCUUUCGGCUCAAACGGAAAAUACCAGAAUACAUUGAAAGAAGUCGAUGUACCUAUACUGUCACAUGGUCAAUGCCAGCAGCAGUUAAGACAAACAAGAUUGGGCUACAAUUACGAAUUGGGACAAGGAUUUAUUUGCGCUGGAGGCGAAGAAGGAAAAGACGCCUGUAAGGGUGACGGCGGUGGUCCUCUGGUCUGCGAACGCGGAGGAACAUGGCAACUUGUGGGUGUGGUGUCAUGGGGAAUCGGCUGCGGACAAGUUGGUGUGCCUGGUGUCUACGUGAAAGUAUCUCAUUACUUAGACUGGAUAUCCCAGAUAACGGGAAAAUUUUCUAAUUAUUAGUUUGAUCUUAAUUUUGUUAUAAUUACGAUACACUCUUGACUGAAAGUCGCUUAUUUAUUAGAUAAGUUAUGACUUCAUAUUUAAUAACGUAAAUUAUUUAGUACUAAACUUUGGAUGGUAAUAUUCAGAGUAUCAGUGUAAAUGCAUUAUGCAAUUUUAUUUUA